AGAGAGAGAAAGGCGGCCCCGGUGAGGAGCGCAAAAUGCUGGAGGAACUCAGCAGGCCGGCAGCAUCUCUGCAAGAGGACAGUAGACGGUUCGGGCAGCAUCUGUGGAGGGAGAUACUAAAGAGUCGAUGUUUCAUGCCGAGGCCAUUCUUCAGCACUGGGAAGGAGAGGGGGAAGGAAUACAAGCUGGGAGGUGAUAGGAAGAUCGUGCUGAAUAACCCAAAGAAACGGAAUGCCCUCUCGUUGGCUAUGCUGGAAUCCCUGCACACAGACCUCCUCCACGAAGUAGAAAGCAAUGAUCUCCGAGUUAUAGUUAUUUCAGCUGAAGGACCUGUGUUUUCAUCUGGCCACGAUCUUAAGGAGCUGACCUCAGCGCAAGGAGGGGAUCAUCAUGUCCGGGUGUUUACACUCUGCAGUGAAGUGAUGACCCUGCUUCAGGAUAUCCCGGUGCCGGUCAUUGCUAAGGUUAACGGGCUGGCCACAGCGGCUGGCUGCCAGCUCGUGGCAAGUUGCGACCUUGCCGUGGUGUCAGACAGGUCGAAGUUUGCCACGCCGGGAGUCAACGUCGGGCUGUUCUGCUCUACCCCGGCCGUGGCAGUGGGGCGAUCGGUGCCUCGGAAGGUUGCCUUAGAAAUGCUGUUUACAGGAGAGCCCAUUUCCGCCCAGGAGGCGCUGCAGCACGGUCUGGUGAGCAGAGUGGUGCCCGAGGACAAGUUGGACGAAGAGACCAUUAAGAUUGCCCGCAGAAUCUGUGAAACCAGCAGGUCUGUGGUUGCACUGGGGAAAGCUACGUUCUACAAGCAAAUGGCUCAGGAUCGAAACAAGGCGUAUCAGAUUGCUUCACAAAUCAUGGUGCAGAACUUAGCACUGAAAGAUGGGCAGGAAGGGAUCGAAGCCUUCCUACAGAAGAAGAAACCUGUCUGGUCACAUUCUACGGAAAGGGCGCACGAAUAAGCUUGUUUGGUAUUUAAGUACAUGCAGUGAUCUGUUGACUAUUUAACACCAAGAUUCAGAAUCAUAAUCAGGUUUAUAAUCAAUGACAUACACCCAGUGGCCGCUUUAUUUUUUGUCCUGGGCCUUCUGAAGUGGCCACUGAGUGCAUGUUCGUAGCCUUCUGCUGCUGUAGCCCAUCCACUUCAAAGUUCGACAUGUCCAUUCAGAGAUGCUCUUCCGCCCACACCACUGGUCUAAUGGGUGGUUAUUUGAGCGAGUUACCGUUGCCUUCCUGUCAGUUUGAACCUGUGUGGACAUACUCCUCUGAUCUGUCUUUUGCCCACAGAUCAGUUUCUGUUAUUCGCGCCAUUCUCUGCAAACCCUAGAGACCGCUGUGCAUGAAAAUCCCAGGAGAUUAGCAUCUCUGAGAUACUCAGACUACCCCAUCUGGCACCAACAAUCAUCCACGGUCAAAGUCACUCAGAUCACAUUUCUGAUGUCUGGGCUGAAUAACAACUGAACCUCUUGACCAUGUCUGCAUGCUUUAAUACAUUGAGUUGCUGCCACCUGAUUGGCUGAUUAGAUAUGUUCAUUAACAAGCAGGUGUACUUAAUAAAAUGGUCCUCAGUGAAUAUUAUAAUAAUUAUAAUUUAUUAGAACUAUAUAAGGUAGUUUAUUGACCAUUAUGCAGCAGUAUAGUUCAAUACAUCAAAAAACCAUCUUUUUACUACUAAAACUCUCAUACUCCUGUCUGUCUGUUUGUGACCUCCAAUUAGCGCAAACAGUGCAUUACAGCGGCACUUUUCUUGGCUCAAUUGAAUUAAAAUGCACUAACUUACAGAAUGCAGGCAAAGUUCAGGGUUAUAUAUUCCUAUAAAAUUGCUCAUUCGCCAAAAAUCGACAGGCUCGCUUUCACCCGAAACCCGAUCAGCCAUCAUGGAAAUCGGGACGCGACAGCCUGAGGCAUGCACACGGCCAGCCUCAGCAGCGACACCUACAGGAGCAAAAGGGCAGGGCAGCUCUAUUUGGGUAGCAGGUGAAAGGACUGCACAUCUCCAGAAUGACAACAAGAGGCACGAGGGUGGCAGAUAAACCAGAAAUGAUGCCAUCAAAAGUGUCCUUCGUUAAAUGAGGAGGAGCUAUAUUUGCUUUGCUACGCAUCGUUCUUCUUUAAUAAACUGAGGUUUUCUACUUCAGUUUCCAAAGCAAAGCGAUACCAAUAGCAUUCAGGAAAAUUUAAUGUUCAUUCUGGUCACAUCAGGCUGCGCUACCCUUCUCUCAAAGGGUGCCCCAGCAGGUCACCCUGUUGUCUAGUAAGAAACAUAAACUACAUAAAUAAGUAGUACAAAAUGAGAUAGUGUUCAUGGGUUCAUAUUCCAGGUUUUGUAAACAGCUGACGUGAAAUCUAAAUAUAGAAAGCACAAUCGGUUUAUUAUCAGUGAAUUACAUGAUGUGAAAUUUGUUUUGCAGUAGCAGUACAGUGUAAGACAUAAAAUGAAUGUAAGUUACAAAAUAAAGGUUAGUUUUAUUUACCGCAUGUACUUUGAAGCAUACAGUGAAAUGCGUUGUUUCUGUCAGUGACCAAUGUGUUGGGGGUAGCCUGCAGUUGUUGCCCUGCUCCAGCACCAAGCCGCGUGCAUCUUUGGAAUGUGGGAGGAAACCAGAGCACCUGGAGGAAACCCAUCUGGCCUGGGGCGAACGCACAAACUUGUUACGGAGCUCGGUGGGACUUGAGGCCGCUAAUUGCCGGCGCCGUGGAGCUAUGCUACCGUGAUGGGGCUGGCUGAGUCUACAACCCUCAUGCCAACCUGGGCACUGGAGCCUCCAUCCCAGACGGAGAUGCUACCAGUCAGAAUGCUCUCUGCCAUACAUUAGCAGAAGUUUGCUGGUAUCUUUGGUAAUAUGCCAGAUCUCCUCAGAAUCCUAUCAAAGUAGAGCUGCUGGUGUGCCUUCUUUACGAUGGCAUCAAUAUAUUGGCUACAGACUUCCAAUCAGGAAAGCAUCUUCCCAUUAUCUCUGCCUCCUGUCACCAAUCAGUGUCUUGAAACACAUAACAUUGUAAGAUGGCUUGGGAAGGUAGAUGUCUGAGGGAGAUUUCCCCUGGUAGGGAUUUCAGAAUCAGGUUUGUUACAACUGACAUAUGU